AUGCCGCGAUACGAAAGAGCUUCGUCGUUGCCAUCGUCUAAGGUCUGUGUUACGGUUGGUGAUGAAAAGAUUUGCAGUGAAAAUGUUGACAGUGUAGCUGAAGAGUUCAUAAAAAUGGAGCACAAGAAGUUUGAGUGGAGCAAGACCAUGUCCUCCCUCAGCUUUGGCUAA